GUGACUUCUAAAAACAAAUUCCCAUUCUGCUUUAAACUGACUGAUUCCAAACACCUCUGCUUCCCUCUGCUUUCCCUGAAACCAGAAAUUACUGCUCUUACAAUCGCAAGCAAAUUAGCCAUCGCAGUAUGCUUUGCCAGAAACCAGAAAUUACUGCUCUUACAAUCGCAAGCAAAUUAGCCAUCGUAGUAUGCUUUCCCAGAAACCAGAAACACCCACUCGCCGCCUCUACGCAUAACUUUCCGUAAAACCCUAAACCCUAUCAAACAGAAAUCUCCAGAAAGAGAGCAGAAGCAAACGCCGCUUCUCUGAUCCAAUGGCGACCGCCGUAUUGCUCCGAUCUUUCCGUCGCCGUGACUUUGCCUCCUUAUCCCGAUCCAACUACAAGGCUUUUACUGCCAACACAAAUAAGUCAUGGCCAUCAUUAGUGGGCAGUGCUAGAUGGGCAUCCCUUACCAGUCAGUUUAGCUCAAUAUCAGCUGGGAGCGAUAUUAUAGGUAUUGACGUGGGUACAAUAAAUUCCCAUGUGACUGUUAUGGAAGGAAAGAGAAUUCGCAAUUUGAUUGGCGGCAGCUUUGUAGAUUCAAAGUCAUCUGAUUCAAUUGAUGUUAUAAACCCAGCUACACAAGAAGUGGUCUCACAGAUACCGCUAACUACAAAUGAGGAGUUCAAAUCUGCAGUAUCUGCAGCAAAAGAGGCAUUUCUGUCGUGGAAGAACACACCAAUAACAACAAGGCAGCGUGUCAUGUUAAAGUACCAAGACCUUAUACGAAAAAACAUGGACAAGUUAGCCCUGAACAUUACAACUGAACAGGGGAAGACAUUGAAGGAUGCACAAGGCGAUGUAUUCCGUGGAUUAGAGGUCGUGGAACAUGCAUGUGGUAUGGCAUCCUUACAGAUGGGAGAAUAUGUGUGUAACGUGUCAAAUGGUGUGGAUACUUAUAGCAUACGAGAGCCUUUGGGUGUUUGUGCUGGGAUUUGUCCAUUCAACUUCCCAGCAAUGAUCCCCUUAUGGAUGUUUCCUAUUGCAGUUACAAGUGGGAACACCUUCGUUCUAAAACCAUCAGAGAAAGAUCCAGGGGCUUCAAUGAUGCUGGCUGAGUUGGCAAUGGAGGCUGGGUUGCCUGAUGGAGUUUUAAAUAUUGUUCAUGGAACUCAUGACAUUGUUAAUGCUAUAUGUGAUGAUGAAGAUAUCAAAGCAAUAUCAUUUGUUGGUUCAAAUACAGCCGGUAUGCAUAUUUAUGCCAGGGCAUCAGCUACUGGAAAACGUGUUCAGUCCAACAUGGGAGCAAAGAAUCACGGCAUUGUAAUGCCUGAUGCAAACAUUGAUUUCACAUUAAAUGCUUUAGUAGCGGCGGGUUUUGGUGCUGCUGGACAGAGAUGCAUGGCACUCAGUACAGUGGUGUUUGUUGGAGAGUCAAAAUCAUGGAUUGAGAGAUUGGUAGAGCGAGCACAGACACUAAAAGUAAGUGCUGGAACAGAACCUGAUGCUGAUCUUGGACCUGUAAUCAGUCGACAGGCAAAGGAUCGAAUAUGCAAGUUGAUUCAAAGCAGUGUAGAUAGUGGGGGUAAAUUGCUGCUGGAUGGAAGAAAUAUCACGGUACCUGGAUAUGAAAAAGGUAAUUUUAUUGGUCCCACCAUCUUAUCAGAUGUUACUGCUGAUAUGGAAUGUUAUAAGGAGGAGAUUUUUGGCCCUGUUCUCCUUUGUAUGCAGGCUGAUAGUUUAGAAGAAGCCAUAAGAAUUGUCAAUAAAAAUAAAUAUGGAAACGGUGCUUCCAUUUUCACUAAGUCUGGGGUAGCUGCAAGAAAAUUUCAAACUGAGAUUGAGGCAGGGCAGGUUGGCAUCAAUGUUCCCAUUCCCGUUCCUUUGCCCUUCUUCUCAUUCACCGGCUCCAAGGCUUCUUUUGCAGGAGAUCUCAAUUUUUAUGGCAAGGCUGGGGUGAACUUUUACACACAAAUCAAGACUAUAACCCAACAGUGGAAGGAUAUGCCGGGUAGCUCUGCAGUGUCUCUUGCAAUGCCAACUUCUCAGAAAUCUUAAUGUUAGGUUUCUUAGUGUUUUAAUGUGAACAUGUAAUGCAACAGAAGAGCAUGUUGCCUCUGCCCGUUUGAGGUGCUCACUAAAAGUUUCUUUGGAUUUGGAAUAUACGGAGUAGUUUUUAUGUUUUGUACUAUUGGCAUUUCUUAAUUUGAACUUACUUUUUUAGUUUAUAAGUUUUUUAGACGUGCGUUAAAUGUGUAUAUAAAGAUGAGUAAACAUGAAUCACCAUGAAUCCAUGAUAUCUAAAUUGGGAGAGUUGGAAUCA